GAAAGAAAGAAAUGCCGAAAGAAAAAAGUAGGAGGAGGAUUUAAAAAAUAUAUAUAUAAAAGAAACAUUUUAUAAAGCAGCGGGUGAAUAAGGGGUGCGAGUUGGUGGGUGUCGCCGGUGAUGUCACACCUCCCAGACAGCCACGAUUGGACCCUAAUUAGAAAGCUCGGCAGCAAAUAGAUAAGCGUCCUGCAUGAUUGAAUCCAAAGUGGCUGAUGCCCAAAAUCUGUGCAGAGGCGCAGAGUCGAACGGCGCGCCGGCACCAGCGCUGCCUUAGAGCCGCCCGACAGUCGCUCCGCGAGCCGGAGGCGACCAGGAGUUUCCAGAGGUGACACGGGAACGGCGACCGGGAAAACCACACGCACACACGCACAUACACUCACACACAAGGAGGGACGAGAGCACAGUCCGAAUCAACGCGGGAGCGGGACGCUGCGCUGUCGGAGCGCAACAAAGACGGAAGCGAUCGAAGUCCGAAGGGGAGUCGAGCCGCGCCGCGCUCCAGAGGCUGCGCUCAUGGCAUCCGUGCUCGGCAACGGCGGCCGCGCGUCCGGGGCUCCGAGCGGACAGGUGAAAUGCAAGCUGAAGAGGAGGCGGAGGAGGCGAUCCAAGAGGAAAGAGAAAGUCAGUAUGCUGUCGGCAUUGAUCGCCCCCUUCAAGUACAUAAGCCCUGGGACCAGCAGCACAGAGGACGAGGACAGUUUAAGCACCAGCAGUGCAGAGGUAAAGGAAAACCGAAACAUCGGUAACUUGGAGGACCGCCCCGUUGGAUCGGCAGCGUGCCAGACGCUCUUCAGCUCCGACGCUGGUCUGAAGAGGAAGCGGCCCCUGGAGGAGGACAACAACGGGCACUUGUGUGAACUCCGGCUGAUCUAUAAGAAAGUGUCCUGGUCCGAGGCACCGAAGAACGCCCUGGUGCAGCUCAACGAGCUCCGGCCGGGCCUGCAGUACCGCGUGGUGUCUCAGACUGGCCCCGUCCACGCACCCGUCUUCUCCAUCGCCGUAGAGGUCAACGGGCUGACCUUCGAGGGCACGGGCCCCACGAAGAAGAAAGCCAAGAUGAAGGCCGCCGAGCUGGCCCUCAAGUCCUUUGUGCAGUUCCCCAACGCUCCUCAGGCCCAUCUGGCCAUGGGCAACAUCUCAAACCCGUCGGCCGACUUCACCUCCGACCAGGCGGACUUCCCCGGCACGCUCUUCAAGGAGUUUGAGUCUUCUCGGUGCUCCGAUGGCCUCUCGCUCUGCGACUCGGCAGCAGAGAGCGAGCUGCUGUCGAGUGAGCUACUGAGACACGGACGCCUGCUCCGCCACACCUUGGACCUGAUGGUGCAGGCCCAACAGAGGCUAGGUGGGAUUGUUCCGGACCCAGAGGCCCCCAAGAGUCCCGUGGCGUUGCUCAACGAGCUCCGGCCGGGCCUGCGCUACGCCUGCCUUUCGGAGCGAGCCGAGGGCCGGCGGCUGCGGAGCUUCGUGAUGGCGGUGCGCGUGGACGGGCGGAUAUUUGAGGGCUGCGGGCGCAGCAAGAAGCUGGCCAAGAACCAGGCGGCCCAGUGUGCUCUUCAGGCCCUCUUCAACAUCAGGACGGCCCCUGAGGGGAAGACGGACCUCAAAGCCAGCAGGAAGAGCUGUCCUCAUUUACCCCAGGUCUUUGCCGAUUCCAUAUUCCACUUGGUGAGGGACAAGUACCGGUCGCUGGUUGGUGGCUGCAGUCCUGCGCACGCUCGACACAAAUCCCUGGCAGGCAUCGUAAUGACCCGAGGUCUGGACCUGAGGCACGCCCAGGUGGUGGCGUUGUCCACGGGAACCAAGUGUAUCAACGGGGAAUACCUGAGUGACCAGGGACAAGUGGUCAAUGACUGUCACGCAGAAGUCACGGCUCGCAGAGCGCUGCUACGCUUCCUCUACUCUCAACUGGAACUCUUCUUAAGUAAAAGGCCGGAGGACUGCGAGGAGUCAAUAUUUGUGCAGCACAAGGAGUGCGGCUACAGGUUGAGAGACAACGUCCAUUUCCACAUGUACAUCAGCACCUCGCCGUGUGGGGACGGGAGGCUCAACUCGCCCUAUGAAAUCACCUCUGACUUACACAGCAGCAGACACCUCAUGAGGAAGCACCGCAGCCACCUGCGGACCAAAAUCGAGUCAGGCGAGGGGACGGUGCCGGUGCGAGGUCGGGGGCCCGCCCAGACGUGGGACGGCGUCUUACAGGGCGAGCAGCUCAUCACCAUGUCCUGCACCGACAAGAUCACCAGAUGGAACAUCCUGGGCCUGCAGGGGGCGUUGCUGAGCCACUUUGUGGAGCCGGUGUACCUGCACAGCGUGACCGUCGGCAGCCUGCGCCACACGGGCUAUCUGGGCCGGGUCCUGAACCAGCGGCAGGAGCGCCUCGGCCCGCUGCCCGCCACGCACAGACGCAACCAGCCCCUGCUCAGCGGGCUGAGCACUGCAGAGAAUCAGCAGCCGGGGAAGGCCUCGUGUGUGAGUGUCAACUGGACGCUGGGGGACGCCCAGCUGGAGGUGGUCAACACAGCAACGGGACGGAGACGGGACUCGGGGACUCCUUCUCGUCUCUGCAAACACGCCCUCUUUGCCCGCUGGAACAGACUCUACCGCAAGUCUGGGAUCCACGUGCUCAGCUCGGCGGACGGCCAGCUCAUGUACUGCGACGCCAAGAUGGCGGCACGUCCUUACCAGACAGUGAAGCAGCAGUGGUUCAGAUCUCUGCAGGAAACGGGCCUCGGGACCUGGGUCAAGAAACCACCAGAGCAGGAACAGUUCCUGCUGUCGGUCUGAGGACGAGAGAGAGAGAGAGAGAGAGUGUGUGUGUGUGUUUAUUUAACCUUUAUUUUUUAGGGUAAGAUGACUUCAUGCUCGUUAUCAACAUCCUGUCUUCAUACCUGAAGGUUUACCAGUGUAUCUUCUAAAGUCAUGGCUAUUGUCAUCAGUGUGUGUGUGUGUGUGUGUGUGUGUGUCCUCCUGGAUGUGCCGCCCUUCCACUCAACAGAAUCACAACAAGAGGAAGGUCAACUGGACAAGCUGAAAAGAAAACAGACAUAAAAAGAUGGACCCUUUCCUUUUUUGGCCCUUUUUCAAACGCACAAGCGCACACGUUUAAGCAAACACACACCUAAAUACCCCCUCUUCGGCUGUCAAGGAAGGGUGGGGUAACCUUGAGCAGAAUGAAAGGCAGCCGCUAUCUUGUCAUCAGCUAUUUCUGGGCCCCAAGGCUCCCGCUGAGGAGCCGAGCCAUGGGGGAGAGAGACAGAGAAAGGGAAAAAGCAUGAGAGAGCGAGCGAGAGGUCCACGUCCAAUUACCGGCCCUGUCAGGGUGACGGGUGAUAGAAGGAGAAGAAGGGAAGAGCGGGAAAAAGAGAGGGACACAACGUCGCUUUCAGCCCGCCUCAUUUUUAUCUUCGUCCUCCAUCUCUGACUCACCCUUUGACUCCUGACUUACUCCUCCUUUUGUCUCCAUCUCUCCCUCCUCGCCCCCUUUACAUUUUCUUUAGUCCUCCACCUAUUUCCCCCGCUGUCCUCUUUGUCACUCUCUGAUCUUCGCUCGCGUCUCCCCCCCCCCCCUGCCUGCAGGUUAACACGACGAGACUACAGGUUAAUACACCCUCUUUUUUUUUUUCCUUACUUCCAUCGCUGGCGGAGAGAGGGCAAAGAACUGAGGUGCAUGAAGGCAGCCAUGACGGUUUGCCUAAGUGCAGGUGUGGGUGAUGAUGAGGAAGGGGAGUUUCUCCCUCCCUUUCGUACAAAUUGAAUCUCCUUUCUCUUUGUUUCUUGUGACCUGGUUGACCUUUGUUCCCGUACAUCUGAAUGGGAGCCAGUGAGAGUGGCUUUAGGUGGUCAUUAGUCAUUAGUGAGGCCUCGCUGACCUCAUCAACGUGUGUUUUCUCUCUGGAGGCACGACCGCCCUGAACAGAUAGUCAGGGUGCAGCAACUUUUUUUAAAGCCACACCCUGUUGAACUGCCCCUUGAAUUUUGAAAACCUUCUUUUGGAACACGGUUUUCUACCAGCUAUGUAUGAAUUAAAGAAAAACAAAUCAGCGAGGUAAAUAUGGACAGUAACGAUCACUACCAUGAACGUUUGUACCUCAGGCAAUUUGUUAAGUCUUUACAUACUUCACGAUGUAAACAGAGAUAUUUCUCAUGCAGCUAAAUGUUGGUAUUCAUUGUGAUCAUGGCUGUGUUUCUUCUGUCAUUGCUGUAUUAUCUCCAAUUGUAGAAGAGGGAUAGACACCUAAUCAAAGUAAUGAGAGUGACACCUAGUGGUCAUUCCCUGUCAUUGUCCCCCUGUCCUGCUUACUGGGCAUCAAGCGCUCCGGUGAGGACGCGUCAGCAAGCAUGAUGACCGCCCACAAGGGAGAACCUUACCCGCCUGUGGCCUGCAUGUGACUCCACGGCCACAAGGCCAAAGUCUUCACUGGUCUUUAGUAGGUCUAUGUAGGUCUCAGAAACUUUGUUAUAGCGUUACUUAUUUGAUUAAGUUUCAAAAAGCAAAUCUUACUGAGUGAUUAUUGGGAUUAACGCUCACACGCUCAGCUGUCCUGCUUCAUCACGGCUGCGUGGCUGCGGUUAGAAUGACAAUGACCAAACAACACUAACUGUGCGCACAUACUCACCGUUGUAAAAGGACCCUUUUCUCUAUAAAGCCACACCCAAAAAGGUAAUAUGCAUUUCAGCUGGACUCCAGAGGCUUUAAAGGCGACAGGACGAGGGUGACUGUACCGCUCUGUGUGUUAGAGGCACGUGAACCUUUCUGGGUGCCCCGAUUCAAGGAAGUCAUAUGGGCUCCUGCUGUUAGGUUGCUUCCACUUAAAGAUUAGAUUUAGUGAAAACACGUUCUGCCUGUGUGCAUCAGAGCAGAGAUUUAACCAACAUGUGUUGCAGGUUUUCAUUGUUU